AUGGAAAAUCGGAAAACACCAAUCAGUUCCAUAGUGCGCAAUAUAGCGGUUCUGCCGACAGAGCUCACUCAUCAAAUCAUCGAUGACCUGCGAGUAUGGGACGUCCUCAAACUCCUGUGCUACGAUGAUGAUCAAGUGGACACUCGCAUCAUGUCCCAUCCAAUCUGCCGUAGCAUGUUCGGUGCCGACCCAGAAACUCUUGCAAAGUGGAAAUUCGCUGCCCACCUCUACAAAGAUAUAUUCAUGGCAGUGGGAAAGGCAUUUGUGCAACAAUACUGCGUUGGAAAAAACUACCUUGGCACACUUAUCCACUGGAUCAGGCCUCACGAAUAUAAAGCGAUCUCGAAUCAGAUGAAGGUCCACAUUCAUGACGAGCUCAAUAUUCAUUGGUGCAAAACAGACCUGACUCGGUUCGGUUCUCCUAAUUACUCCAAUGGAUUUGAGUAUGGAACUCUCAAGACCUUCGAUUCCUUCGAAGAGCUGCAGAAUUGCUGGGAUGACAUACAGAAAGCAAAGGCCAAUUUAUUCCAGUUGGGGGCUUCGCAGCUUCGCUGGACUGCUGAUAUGUUGGAAGCAAAUUCAGAUAUCCUCAAGCGCACACUGGAUCCAACACAAGAAAAACGGCCAAAUACUGCACACAUCGUGUCGAGAUUGCGGGGCGUCGCUGGUGAAAUCCUGCGGGCUCCUAUCCAGAAGUUCAUCUUUUCUGAAUAUUUCCGUUAUGACUUCCUAGGGGUCAUUCCGUUCGACUCAGCCUUGAAGCAGCUUUUGCAUAUGAUGCAAAAGCAUGGUAUCGUAGAAGAUGGCCGGGUUGUGGCGCGCAACACAAUCACAGCUGAUGCCGCUUCGCACCCAUCUUCUAUCAUCAGUUCGUUUACAAUUGUUAUUGAGGGAAUGCCGAGAUUUUAUAUCGCACCCCCAGAAGCGGCGGAGCAAAAUGCUAAGCUUGCGUGGAGGAAUGCAGCGAAUGAAGAUGGCGACCUUCUUCGAACAGUAAAUACUCCAUGCUCCGAACCCUUUGCCGCAAAUGAAGGGGUUUCUUUAGAAGGGCCCUAUUUCAUAGCGUUCAAAUAUGGCGAUAACAGAGGUUUCUCGCGGCCAAAACCCCUUUAUUUGCAUCCUCACAAUGCGAUCGAGAAAGAAUGGCUUGUCAGCUUUGUCGAGGUUUAUCGGUACUUGGAGAACUUGGAUGCAUAG